UACACGCCACCAGUGUUUACAGUAGUGUCAUUUCGUUUUACACAAUAAAAAAAAAAUUAAUUUCCAAAACAGAAAUGGAAGCAGUUCACAAAAAUUCAAUAAAUUCGACGAUCGACAGCCAAGUUUCCAAUCUGUCAACCGCAAGGCUCUUGAUUGACUAUAUCAAAAGUCUUGUUGAGGAUGAUAUGAAAUCAACCUUAGAAGCAUUUAAAUUGAUCGAAAGCGAAAUUGAUGUCGAACUGAAGUCGACGGUUUCAACAAUUCCAAAGAAAACUUUUGUCGGCAAUAGAAUAUCAAGAACCAGAUCAUGUACGAGCAGUCCUCAGCCCAAGAAGACCGACAAAAGAAAUUCUUUGCAGCCAAAUUUCCGAGUUCCUUCGGCCGCAUCUUCAAAGCGUAGUGUGAGAAAGUCGUUGCUUGCCAAACCUGUACUGGAUAGUCAUUUCGAAAGUGAUAAUACAAUCGACGCAAAUUCUAAUUACGACAGUUACGAUUCUCCCCAUUCACCACAAGCAAAAUUACGUCCAGAUGACGAAGAAUUCGAAUACUUUCCUGAAGCUACUUCAACGCCAGUUAAACGCCCAUUUUCGUCCCCAUCAAUUGAUGAAAAUCGAUCAGUUCCAUCGUGUGAACAAUCCGAGAGCACAAUCACAAAUCCAUACAGUUAUCAGAAUGACGGCCAACCGUACAGCGAUAACUCGAAACUCUUAACGGUUGAGGCUAUGUAUCAGGAUUUGAAAGCAGAUUUGAAUCGAAUUUUUCAACGAUUUGCUCAAGAGUCCAGCGAAUCAAAUUCACAAAUUAAGACAACCAACAGCAACAAAUAUAAUGACGCAUCUGGGUCAUUGUUUUGUGAUCAAACCUCUCAGACAUCGCUUGAUACAUCACGUCGAUCAACAGCAGCAAACAACAGGUACGUAAGAGGAAUCGUUCUGCCUCAAUUGCUUGCAUUCGGAGACAAUUGGAAUAAUAAUCUAGGGAAAGGGAACGGAAAAGGUUUGACAAUUAUUAGUGAGCCAUUUUCGCAGCCCGACAGAGACAUUGUGGAUGAGGUAAACAAAAAAAUGAACGAGAGGUCGAACAGACAUAAUUUAUGGAGCAACGGAUUUGAAAAUGGAGCCGAAGAAAAGGGAAAGAUGAAUCAUUCGGAUGAUGGCAAUAAAAUCACAGAAGCAGGAAAACCACUCCAUGAAAAUUCUAAUGGAACGCGAAACUCUAUUACGACAAACCAGAAGCCAACCGAUUCGGAGGGCGAAUAUGUGAAAUCAGUCGAUUUGAAGGUUUUGCCUGAAAGCGGCGGUAACAACACCAAUAACUAUGUCACCCUAACCGAUAUUGAAGAGUCUAUACCAGAAACUAUGCGCGACGAGGGAUUGACUUCGAUUUGUUCCGAGUCAAGUGCCACAAAUAAUAUUUCGAGUUCGUUGAUCGCCACACCGAAAACCAUGAACGAUUCGCCAAACGAUUGUACCGAUCUCGAUGAAAUUGCACUGCUGAUCAGUCUAGCAUCGCCCAGCAAAAGAGUUGUAAUUAAAAAGGUUAUGCCCGGUGUAGCGGUCAAAGGAUACAAUAGAAAUUGCGAUGAGAAGCUGAUUUUCUCGGGUGAUAAAGUUACACACGUGAAAACGGAUCGGAAAGUUAUCUGCCGAAAAUACGAUCCGAAGUAGAUGGUAAACUGAUGUGUGGCUUUCACUGUGAAAUUACGUUCGUUAUGUAUUUGACUUGUAAAUGGAAAUAAAUUGGUAAAGUAGCGGCA